AUGGCUAAGAAACCAGAUCCUUUUGCGGCCCUUGAUACCCCUCAACCUAAGAAAAGAUCGUUUUUGUCUUCCUUGUUUGGCGGUAGCAAAUCUAAGUCCGCCACCGACAAUAAGCAACCGGAAGCUGCCGCUCCAGAAACUUACAGUUCACCUUUUAGAACCGGUGAAGCAAAGAAAGAAAAGCCUUCUGACAGCUUGAAGGAUAAUUAUAAUCCGCCAGACUUGCAAAAGAAAUCGAAGACUCCAAAAGAUUUCACUUCCGGCACUAAAUUGACCCAAGAUUUGACCGACAAGCCUUCCAAGAGAUUUUCCAUUAGAAAUUUCUUUACCUCUGCUCCAGCACCUGUUGUCGCCAAGGAAUCCAAACCAGUUGAAGAAACGUCUGCUGAAACUGAAGGAAAAAGUGUCAAGUCCAAGGAAGAGGAGUCAAUCAAUGAAGCUGAAGAACAAUUGACCGGUGCCGCUGAAAAUGUCCCAGCCUCCUCAGAAAUUGAACCUUCCCAGCCAUCUGUCAAGGACGCUGCCAUCGUCAAUAAGGAAGUUGAACCAAAAGUAGUAGAAGAAGAAGAGGAAGAAGAGGAAGAGAAGGAGAAGGAAGAAACUGAACCAGUAUUAGAAACUCCAGAGGCAAAAGAAGAAUCUUCUGAAGAAAAACCAGCCGAAGAAGAAAAAGUCGCCGAGGAAAAGGCUAUCGAAGAAACUGAAAAGUUAGAAGAGCCAGUUGAAGAUGAAGCACAAGAGGCCGCUGAUGAAGUUGAAGAAGUUUCCCCUGAGAAACCAAUUACUGAGUCCUCAGAAGUUGUCGAUGAACCAAAGGAAGCUAAAGAUGAAAUUGUCAAAGACGCCGAAUCUAAGGCUCCUGAAACUAAUGAAAAGGAAAAUGAAACCGAAGAACCUGUGGCUUCCGCUUCUGGCAAUAAAGACAUUGACGUCGGUGCUGGAUUAGUGAUGAAGCACAAGGAUGUUCUUACCAUUGCUAAGGCUAAGAUUGCCCCAAUAUUAGUCAAGUUGGAUUCCAAUGCCAAAAAGCAACAAAUGACCGAUGAAGAGUAUGAAGAAUACAAAAAGCAAGAACGUCAAGCCAAACAUGACACCAAGUUGCAAAAGUUGAAGGAAAAAAAUGACACCAAGUUCAUCAAAAAGGAGACCAAGUAUAACUCUAAAAUUGAAGAAUUGAAGAACAAGAUUUCUGAUUUGGAAGCCAAGAUAACUACUGCCAAGGAAGAACAUGUCAAGGGUUUGGAAGAUGCCAAGAAGCAACAUGAAGAAGCAUUACAACAAGAAAAGGAAAAAUUCGACACUGACAAGGAAAACUUGAUCAAGGAACACGAAAGCUUGAAAUCUAAAAAAGAGCAAGAAAUCGAAGAGCUUGUUUCCAAUCAAAAGAAAACCAAAUUGAAUAUUAAAGUGGCGGAAGCUCAAAAGGCAGAAUUUGAAACCAAAUCAAAGUUGUUGACUGUCAAUAUUGGGGAAUUGGAAAACCAAUGGAGUGACAAGAAGAAAGAAUUGGCCCAAUUAGAAGAGAAGUUGAAAACUCAACAACUGGAACUUGGUGAGCUUAAAAAAUCCCAUGCUGAGACCGUCGAUGCUAUUGCUAAAGAAUCUUCAAAACAAGCUGAAUUGGACGCGAUUAUUACUGGAACCACCAGCGAAAUUGCCAAUGCCAAGGAGUCUAUCAGAAUUUAUGAAGGUCAAUUGAGUAAAUUGAAGGAAGAAUCGGCUGAAAGAAAAGGGUUAUACGAAAAAUUGACCCAAAACUUGAAGGAACAACAGGAAUUUGAAGAUCAAUUGAAUGAAACCAAGGCUGAAAAGGAAAAAGAAGUUGAUGCGUUGAAGAAUGUCGGCAAGAAAGCUAAAGUUGUUGAAACUCCAGAAACUGAAACCAAAGAAACCGUUGCUUCUAAAUCAACUGAUAUUGCACAACUGUCUAAUGCUCAAACAAGCGAGCUCAAACCAACUGAAGUUACUACAACUGAAGUUAAACCAACUGAAGUUAAACCAACUGAAAUUAAACCAACUGAAGUUAAACCAACUGAAGUUAAGCCAACUGAAAUUAAACCAACUGAAGUUGAACCAACUGAAGUUGAACCUAUCAUUAAAACAACCGAAGCUCCAAAGACAACAAUCGAAACAGUUGAAAAAAAUACCACUGAGGUUGCUGAACCAAAAUUGUUGCCAGAAUCCACAAAAACCGAAGCAACAGAAUUACCAGAAUCAACACCAAAGACUGAAGCUUCUGCUGCUGCUGAUGAUGAAAGCCAAAAGGCCUCUGCUGAAGCUGAUGCUUCAGUUACUGAAGCCGCCGUCAAUGAUACCAUGGCUAGUGAACCAGAAGCAACGGAAGUCCCAAAAUCUCCAACCCAGAAUGGUGCCAAUAAGGGUAAGAACAAGCCAAAGAAAAAGAAGAAAAAGAAUGGCAAGAAGAAAUAA